CUGCUUUGAGUUUCACUUUCCAUCCCCAGCUGCCCAGGUCGUGGCAGGAGCCAUGGCGGAGCUACUGCGGGCGCCGUCCUUGCCCUGCCUGGCCGGGCUGGAAGAGGAGCUGACCUGCUCCAUCUGCCUGUGCCUCUUCGACAGCCCGGUCACCACGCCCUGCGGCCACAACUUCUGCGGGCCCUGCCUGGACGUCACCUGGAGCGGCCUCCAGCAGGGCUUCAGCUGCCCGCAGUGCCGGGCCAGCUUCCAGCGCCGGCCCGAGCUGCAGAAGAACACGGUGCUGUGCCGGGUGGUGGAGCAGUUCCAGAGCUCGCAGCCCGGCGAGCCGGCCGAGGAGAAGAAAUGCCGGGAGGGGAGCGGCUCCGAGGUGCCCUGCGACACCUGCCUGGAGGCCGCGGCGGCCAAGACCUGCCUCACCUGCAUGGCCUCCUUCUGCCACGAGCACCUGCGGCCCCACCAGGAGAGCCCGGCUUUCCGGGACCACGAGCUGCGCCUGCCCCUGCGCGACCUGCAGCAGCGCAAGUGCCAGCAGCACAACAAGCUGCUGGAGUUCUACUGCCCCGAGCACGCCACCUGCAUCUGCUGCGUGUGCCUGGUCAGCCACAAGACCUGUGCCACCAGCCCCGUGCAGGAGGCCAAGGCGGAGAAGGAGUCCCAGCUGAAGAACAAACUGACGGAGCUGUAUAAUCAAAGCGAAAAAGCUUCUCGAGCACUGGAUGAAGUGAGAGUGCUUCAAAAACAAGCCAGUGAAACAGCUGCCCGAAAGAUGGAUUUGCUGAGAAGUGAGUUCUUGGAAAUUAAAGCUUUAAUUGAAGAAGAAGAAAACCAGGCAAUAAAGAAAGUGGAAGAAGAAGAAAAGCGAGUCAGUGUUAAAUACGAUUAUAUCCAUAGCGUCCUGGGAAAGAAGAAAAAUGAAAUUCAGAUGGUCCGAGACCAGAUUGAAAUGGCGUUGACUGAAGAUGAUGAUAUUACAUUUUUAAAGAUAGCAGCGAAAGUGCGACCGACUUCAACCAAAGAUGUUUUCAUCCCCAGAAAUGAUCUAGACCAAAACUUGAUACAUACUAUUUAUCAGGGUGCCUUUUCCUUGAAAGAAAUAGUGAAACGAACGGUGAAUCGGCCUCAGGAGAAGAAAAUGGAAGAUUCAGGUUGGAACUCUAUCAUCCAGAACUCUCUCAUCCAGAAACAUCCGUCGUCCGGAAUGAUUGUAGUCAGACCGAUGUCCAUUUUUCAUGAGUCAAAUCCACAGUGGAAGCCUAAAGCUUUUCAAGCAACUCUUCCUAAUAAACUUCCAGCGUCUGGAAAAAAAGCUGCUGGAUCACAUGCUUCAAAAAUAAGCAAAGCGCCUCAGAUGCCUCAAGAGCUGAGUCAGGAUGCAGACACCAGGGAAAAAAGAAAACCUUCUAAAUCUGCGUCAAACCCUGCAAGUCCAGGGGCAACAUCUCUCGAAAGCUUUUUAACGAAAUCAAGAGAGGAGCUCCUGCAGUAUGCUGCUAAAAUCUCAUUGGAUUUCAACACGGCUCACAUCAAGGUGCAGUUAUCCGAGAGAAACACAAAGAUGUCAGUCUCUGAAAUACCCCAGAAGUAUAGCCCGCACCCGCAGCGCUUCACCUACUGCUCCCAAGUGCUUGGUUUCCAGUGCUUCAAGAGGGGCAUUCACUACUGGGAAGUGGAACUGCAGCGUAACAACUUCUGCGGCAUCGGCAUCUGCUACGGCACCAUGGACAGGCAAGGGCCAGACAGCCGCUUGGGCAGAAACAACAGCUCCUGGUGCAUCGAGUGGUUCAAUGCCAAAAUUUCAGCCUGGCAUAAUGAUGUUGAAAAAUGCCUGCCCAACACCAAGGCCACCAAGAUUGGGGUGCUGCUCAAUUACGAGGGAGGGUUUGUCAUUUUCCUGGGUGUCGGCGAGAAACACAGCUUGAUCUACAAAUUCCGAGCACAGUUCACAGAAGCGCUGUAUCCUGCUUUCUGGGUGUUCUCCAGUGGUACUACACUUUCACUCUGCCAGCUGAAAUAACAGGCAGUCGAGCGUGAAUCUGUUUGCUCAGGGUAUUCAAGUAGGCUCGAUCCCUCUGUUUUUUGGCAGUUCACUACUGUAGUUCUUGCUCAUUUAAUUCACAUAUAUUUGUGCUCGAGCUUGCUUGGAUGGCUUUUUCUGGUAGCUUUCUGCUUAUCCAAAACCACUUGCAGUCUUGCAAGUAAUGGAAAGUUGACUAGUUAGAAUAGCAAGAGCUACAGUUGGUAUUUAGUGCUCUGGGUUGACACCUAUGCGUCAAAUGAGGUGGCUUUUGUUGCACGUGAAUGUAAAGGAGAGAGAAAUUCUUGAUCUCUAAGAAGCUUUUGCCUGUGAAUAAUUCCAGUUUUACAAUUAAAAAAAUAUAAAGACACUGGGGGCAGGCCAGGAAUUCUAUUUUUUUAAACCCACUAAAUUGUAUGGAGUAAUUUAAGGCACGUGUUUUUUAUAGCAACAUUAAUGAAGAAAUCCCAAAUACUCCAGGAGGCAACUGCUGACCUGUUCCUUUUUCUAUAAAGAGAGACAAAGAUUUUGCCACACAAUGCGUCAAAUGACUCUUGGGUCAAGCAGCACCAACAUUCUGUUUGGGCAGGAGGUUUAAUUGUCUGUCAUAUGCAGUUUGGGGGCUGGUGUAUCCUGUUCUUCCCGUCUGGAUUCCUAAAUGCUUUGGUUAGCAGUUCUGUGGGCAGAUCUGACAGUGAGAAUGCUCUGAGGUUUUCCCCAUCAUCACUAGCUAGCAAAGGCAGCUCAGGCAAAUGUCUUUGGGGAAAAAAAACCCUGCUGCUUCUUUUCAAAGAGAAAUGAUGACCAUAAGACAACAUCAAAAGGCUUUCACAGUUAAACCCGAGGGUCAGAUCCACUUACCUCUGUUGUCAGUAGGGCUCGGAUUCUGUCCUCUGUGUGUUUCAUGACUAGCACCAAAACCUAGGCUUGGAGAGAGGAACAAGAGCUUUUUCAGAAAAAGAAAAAUCCUGAACAUCCUCUUCCCCCUUUUGUGCUCGAUCCCAACAUUAAUUGUAGAAGUUGACUUUGGCUGUCCAAUUUCCAGUUCAGGCAGUAGUCUAUAGGCAAGAAACAGCCUUGCACUGUUAUUGGGGGACCUUUAGAAAUGGUUAAACCUAUAGAAUAUGCUUCCUACAUGUGAUUAGUCUAACCCUGUUGCAUAUGGAUGUGGGUUGAAUUAAAUCAAUGCAGGACUCUUUAGCACUGAAUGAUAAAGUCAACAUGUUGGAACAGAAGACCAGAUACUUCUAAAGGAGAGGAGCAAGCGAUAGCCAUGGCACCCAGAAUGCCAAAGAAUGACCAUGAUAUAACUGAGAACCAUUUAUCGAUGCCAAGGGUCUUCAGGAAGCACCCUUGCCGAUAUUUCUUUGCUGGAGCUAGUGUUAAGAAGCGACACUGAUUGAUCAUUGGUGGAUCUGAAUUGUCUUGAACAAAGCUUUGUUGGGACAACACAAAUUCUGAACAUCUGGGGAGUAUUCAAGAUCGGAACUGUGAGCAGCACCACCAGUGGCUCCUUCAGUGGAGAUCAAGGUUGCUUUUCAACCCCACAAUUAAAGAAAAAUCCCCGUUUGAAGUUCACAGAAUUUUAAAAAAUUAGAUGCGUUUUUUGGAAGGUUAUCGGAAGCUUCUAUUUACUGCACCUCUUGUAAUGAACCCUUCCGCCUCACGUAAUGUGUCAGGGUGCUUUGCUUCUUCGCAGGAAGAAGCUCUGCAAUGCUGCCUGACAUCUUGAGGCGUUGCGGGGGGAAGUGGCACGUCUAAUGCUAUUAGAUAAGCUCAAAGGUUCUGCUCAUUCAUAGCAGGGUCAUAGCAGCUUCUGUUCAGAAGUCUGGCAUUCUUUGAAUACCAAGUCUCUGCCACUUGACCUUGAUAGUGGGAGCCCAGUUGUGGCUUCCAGAAGUCUGAAAACUGCCUUUAGUGCAAGAUCGAAGCCUCAUUCUGAGCGAUAUACCCUUUUUGGCAUUGAAUCUGCAUGUGAGCUGGUGAAUCUUCUAAACUAGCAACAUGCUGGAGUACAUGAUAAAAGAAUGUUUCCAUCUUCAGGCAUGAGAGUGCAUGUUUUAGUCUCCUAAUUGCAUUGUUUUUACUUUACUUGCUAUGACGUGGGUUUACUUUGGUACACGUCUAGCAAAUACAAUGCCUAAAAGGAGUCUGAGCAUGUGGUCUAGGAGACCUUUGUUGUAGUCCUUAACUCUCUGAAAUUGGAGAAACAACCAGGGGACACAGCUAAAGGUUGAAGACCUGAAUCUCUUGUGCUGAUAAAUAGGCAUUAAGAAGCUUUCCUUGCUAGAUCCCUGUGCUCAGACCAGUUUAUAAAGUUCUGGGAAGAUGCCAAAAUAAACUGACCAAAUUUGUUGACAUGUACAGAUCUUCAUCGUGGAACUUUGUAUGCACGGUGAAAUAUAAGGCAAAAGCCACUGCAGACACAAUAGGAUUCAAGAGUGGGGAAGCAAGUACUCUGUGUCUUAGUGUCAGAAUUUACAGGGGCUGAAGUUUCUGGACUGCUUUAGCAAAGCCAAGUUUGCAGCAGUCCAGCCUUGGAAGUUCAACAGCAUGCCAACUGUCAAUGAAUGUCAAAAAUAUAGUAAUAUUUCUUUGGUCAGAUAGGGAUUUAGUUAAAGACUUAGUAUGACCUCAGCACUGCAUCAAGUGCGACAGUUGGAAUAGCUGUGGAUUGGAAU